AUGGAGAAGUUGCGACUUCCAAGCGCUACGUCGAUCGUCAUCCCGGGCAGCAACGUCAACGGAGUCGCCGAGUCGAAGAGCGCAUGCCAAGCUCUCGUGCACGCGUUGACAUCUCAACUGGCUCGCUCAUCGCGCACCACUCUACGGAUCGCUGCGGAUCCCAUUGGCGAUCUCGUCGUUCAAGUCCAUGCUCCUGGGAAACCCAUUCCGGUCUAUAGCCCCCAAAGUGUUGACACCCAGGCCGUAGAUGGGGUCGUCAUUGGCAUCGACGCGACCACUCUCGACAACAUGCUUUACCCACUAUCCACACGCAUCUCUGGAAACAUCACUACGGUCGUCCUCAAGGCGUUAAAAGGUCCAUGGAGUGAAGAGAUGACCCUGGCAUUCCAGACCUUCGACGCGGUUACCGAAUUGCAUGUGUGGGGCAGAGCGCGGGACGUCUUGACGGCGCUCGCUCCGCGCGGCUCUGAUGGUGACCUGAAGGUUCCCUUCCCUCGCUUGAAGUCCUUGGCAAUCAGCGCCGGGGACCAGCCGGACCUCUGCGACGGGGAACGGUGGUACGGAGUGAGGGUGGAUGAAACAGCUGCUUGCCAUCAUGAUGCGGCCGGCGCUGGAUGGCUGGCGGGCCUGGUUCCUAUUAUCGAGGCGCGUGCGGCGGGAGGCGCUCCUGUCCAUCGUCUGGUGAUGAUGGGCCCAGUUGACUGCAAAGGGAGAGUCAACACGACACGAAACGAAACGUGCGCUCUAGUAGGAGCUGACGUCUUGGAAGCCCUACAGAGCUCUGUCCACAAGUUUCUCGAUGAGCGUACACAGUGA